AUGCCCCAGAGGGACCACUCGUCCCAAGAGGGUUCUUGGGCCCUGUCCUCAGUCCCCAUGGCGCAUGGGCCAGAGCCAGAGGCUGACGGACUGUUAGACCUCAGCUUCCUGACCGAAGAGGAGCAGGAGGCCAUUGCCGACGUCCUCCGACGAGAUGCCCGCCUGCGCCAGCUGGAUGAAGGGCGGAUCAGCAAGCUCCGUGCCUCGCUGACAGACCCCGGGCAGCUGAAGACCCAGACGGGGGACUGGUUCCAGGAAGCACGCUCCCAACGGCACCAGCAUGCCCACUUUGGCCCCGACCUUGUCAGAGCCUCUAUCCGCAGGAGGAAGACCACCAGGGGGGACCAGCCUCUGGGCAGCGAUGGCGAGGCAGAGGCUGCUGGGAAAGAGACUGAAGAGGAGCCAGAGCCCAGGCUCCCCACAGACGCCGCCCCUUCGGGGACACCCAGCGAGACUGAGGCACCGGAUUUUUGUUUCCCAUCUGUCCCGGCAGAAGCGUCAGAUCUUGAGGGGCCCCAGACCCAGGCAGCCCCGGGCCAAGGGGGCUUGCAGGUCCACGCCCAGGAGGCGGACCCGGAGCUGGAGCCCGCGUCGCGGGGAGAGCCAGAGCCGGCGGCCCAGAGCGAGGCGGCACCCGAGAUCGUGGAGAACGGCGAAGAAGCCCCGGAGCCCGGCCCCUCCCUCGACCGCAUGCUCAGCAGCAGCUCCUCGGUGUCCAGCCUCAGCUCCUCCACGCUGAGCGGCAGCCAGAUGAGCCUGGCGGGGGAGACGGAGGCCGGCGCCGUGCAAGUGCGCGGUUCCCUGCAGUUCGCGCUGCGCUACGAGCCCGACGCCGCCGAGCUGCGCGUGCAGGUGAUCCAGUGCCAGGGCCUGGCCGCGGCCCGCCGCCGCCGCUCGGACCCCUACGUCAAAAGCUACCUCCUCCCGGAUAAGCAGAGCAAGCGCAAGACAGCAGUGAGGAAACGGAAUCUGAACCCCAUCUUCAACGAGACUCUCCGGUACUCCGUCUCGCAGGCCGAGCUCCGCGGCCGCGUGCUGAGCCUGUCCGUGUGGCACCGCGAAAGCCUGGGCCGCAACAUCUUUCUGGGAGAAGUGGAAGUGCCCCUGGACACGUGGAACUGGGACUCUGAGCCCACCUGGCUCCCCCUGCAGCCCCGGGCCCCACCCUCUCCCGACGAGCUUCCCAGCCGCGGGCUGCUCUCCCUGUCCCUCAAGUACGUCCCCGCCGGCUCCGAGGGUGCGGGGCUGCCUCCGAGCGGGGAGCUGCACUUCUGGGUGAAGGGGGCGCAGGGCCUCGUGCCGCUGCGCGCAGGAUCCCCGGACACUUACGUGCAGUGCUUCGUGCUGCCGGAUGACAGCCGGGCCAGCCGCCAGCGGACCAGGGUGGUGCGCCGCAGCCUCAGCCCCACCUUCAACCACACCAUGGUCUACGACGGCUUCGGGCCCGCCGACCUGCGCCAGGCCUGCGCCGAGCUCUCCCUCUGGGACCACGGGGCCCUGGCCAGCCGCCAGCUGGGGGGCACACGCCUCAGCCUGGGUACCGGCAGCAGCUAUGGGCUCCAGGUGCCCUGGAUGGACUCGACGCCCGAGGAGAAGCAGCUGUGGCAGGCGCUGCUGGAGCGGCCCUGCGAAUGGGUGGACGGCUUGCUCCCCCUCAGAACCAACCUGGUCCCUAGGACGUAGCCGUGCCUGGCACCGCAGCCCCUGCCCUUGGCUACAGUCAAUAA